AUGAAUUCAUUCAGCUCGUUUAGUGAAAUAACAUUAGAUCAGCUUAUUGAAACAUUGAUGGAAAAUAGACCAAAGAUUACCAUUACAAAAUCGUAUUUAACGCAUAUAUUCCUGAUUCAUACAAAACCUUAUCAUUUAGAUUACUUUAGAAAAGUUUUUGAGAAAUCUAACAUUACAAAGAACUACUAUUGGAUUUUUGAUGAAAUUCCUGAUGUGCCUAUUAGAGAUCUAUUAAAUCUUAUUGCUUCAUCAAGUGUUAACAAAAUGAAAGUGGGAUUUUUUCGACAGUUUCCUGUGUUAAAUUUUGAAGAUCUGUCAAAACAUGAAUUGCAAAAGGGCACUCAGUUAUUGAUUAAAUCUGCAUUGCAUGGAGAAACGCAUAGUUUGCCUGAACGUGUAACUAUUGCAGCUUAUAUGAUAAUGAUUAGCAGUCAGAUAGCAACCUUUAUAAAAUCAUUUAACAGUUCAUACUUGAACCGUAGUGGUAUAAGUUGCCAUCAAAUCAACCCAAUUGUGGACGACUUUGGUGGUAGGUUGUUUUAUAACUUUCUCAGUCAUAGGUCUGGGACUAAUGUCUGGAAAUCUUUAUGGUUUUACUCACUCAAAACGUUUGAUGAUGCAAUGAAAAAUUUUAUAUCCACUGCUCAUUACACUCCUGAUGACAAUAUGAAACUUACAAGUAAAGGAAUGAAAAUUAAGCAAAGAAGCUUGGAAAGUGGUCUAUUUUCAACUGUCUUUCAGUCAUUUAAUAACAAAAUUCUUCGAAUAUCAACAAUUCUCGAUCCUCCAUUUGUUGUGACUGGUCAAGUAAUUGAAAACGCAGAAAUAAUCAACGCUUCAGGAUUUGCAAUCGAUAUACUAAAUGAAUUGGCUAUGCAUUUCAAUUUUAGAUAUCGCCUUUUCUUACCACAGAACGGUACGUAUGGCUCACUGGAUGAAAAAGGAGAUUGGGAUGGCAUGAUGGGUGAAUUGGUAAAUGGACGAGUUGAUAUGAUAGCUGCUGGUUUGACAAUCAAUCCGAGAAGAUCGAAUUAUGUGGAAUUUAUUGGUCCGAUUGUUGAAGAUACAGUUGGAAUACUUGUAAAACCAUCAACAGCAAAUUAUCUUUUCUUUCAAAUGUUUCAUCUAUUUCAAAUUAAUGUUUGGAUAGCAAUUACUAGUUCAGUGGUUAUUCUUGGAACAACAGUUUGGUUAUUCAAUAGGUAUAGUCCAUUCAGUGGAUGGAAUUUACAACUUCCAGAAGCUAACUCAAAUGAGGUAUCUCUUUCUUACAAUAUAUGGAUUUCACUACGUUGUAUGCUUCUACAAGGACAAGAAGGCAGAUUAUUCUGUUUUUCGUCACGCACUUUGUGCUUAAUGUAUUGGUUUAUGAUUUUAAUUGUACACGCUAUAUGGCAGGCUGAUUUAACAGCAUUUCUAACAAAAAACAAUCUUGAGCUUCCAAUUAGUUCGUUAAAGGACUUGGCACACAAUGAUAAGAUUAUAGUAUUAACUAUGAAAGGAACUAGUACUUACAAUAUGUUUCAGGUCUCAGUAAAUAAUACAUUUUAUGAAUCCAUAUAUAGAAAGCUGGUUGCAAAUCCUGUUAGUGUAUAUAGUACAGACGAAGCAGUGAAGCUGGUGAUAAAGUUUAAUAAUUAUGUCUAUAUAACUGAAAGAUUAUUUCUUAUAAGUGUACUGCAAUCAGAGGAAUAUUCAAAUCUGGAAGUGAUAGAAGAGCCUGGGAUUGUAGCUGCUCUUGGAUUCGCUGUGCAACUUGGAAAAGAGUAUGCAAAACCUAUGUCAUCUUAG